AUGCUGUUCGCUCGAAAGUUGGACUCGAGCACGUCAGAUAAGGUUGUCUUCUCGUCGGACAGUAAGCUGAUUGCCUCUUUGAGUGACAAGAUUUACUUGUGGAAUACCAAAACCGGAUCUGAGGUUUAUUCCUCCCAGGCGCCAUUGGGAAACGUAGAAUCUAUUAUAUUCUCUCCCAAUAGCAAAUAUCUCGUCUCAUCUAUUACAACAGAAGAUCACGAUGACGAUUAUUGGCAUGGGGGGCUGUCCGUUCACUACAACGGAGACUUUUAUGGAUAUACUCAUAUCACAGUCACUGUAAAGUAUCAUAGUCCGUUGGAAUUUUCUUCCAAUAGCAAACUACUUGCCUAUCGAUUCGGCAACAGAGUCAUGGUUUUGAAUGUGGAAACGCGAGAGUUUGUGCACACUUUCGAUUUUGAUCUACUUACACUCGAAAAGUUAUCCAUUUUCGACGACAAUCGAUACCUCGGUGCUUUGUACUCGUUUGGCCUUGUUCAUAUAUGGGACCUAUUGACAGGCUUCAUCGUUCAUAGCGGUGCUAUCGGGGAACACGAGUCAACCUUUUGUUUCUCCCUCAACGGCAAGCAUAUCGCUUCGCUGGAUCAAAUAUUUGCAUGUAAAACAUCAAUGUCGGUCAACUGUCAUUCCGCUGGAAUAUCACUUGCUGGAGCAUGGAUCAAAGACAGCGGUCAAGACAUUGUAUAUUUUCCUCGCGAGUUCAAACACCUUUUUGACUUCAUGGCUGGUAGCACUUUGGUCUUUAGGUGGCCUCCCACAGGUUUCUUUGGGGAGGCGACACAGCAUAUGGGCUGCAAUAUGUUACAGUUUGCCAUGGUGGACAAGAUAAUGGAUGCAGAUUGA